AUGAAUGACUUGUUUGACAUAAAUACCACCGAAGAGUUGGACGAUGAAAAGGACGACAAUAAGAGGAAAAGUCGUAACCUAAGCGAAAAGAAGCGCCGGGAUCAGUUUAAUCAGCUUAUCAACGAGCUAUGCGCCGUAAUUAACUACCACUCGCCGGACAGGGCCGGCAGUUCGGGCGCCGGGAGCGCCGCUAACAAGCAUAAGGCGGAUAAGUCGUCGAUAUUGAGGGCGUCGAUAGCUUUUCUUAAGACUCAAUCGGAACUAAUGGAUACUAAGGCUAGCGAUGAGUCGCGCCAACAGAGUCGGUCUAUUGAGGGGAUGGCCGGCGAGGGGACGGGCGUCCAGACGACGAGUAUAUUCUCGUGGAAGCCGUCGUUUUUGGCGAACGACGAGUUCGUUCAUCUCAUGCUUGAAGCAUUGGAUUCAUUCGUAAUCAUAAUCGACGGCACAAUUGGCGGCAAAAUCAUAUACCUCUCGGAGACGGUGUACCCAUUGCUGGGCCUGUCGUACACUAAACUAAACCAUAGGCUGACCGGCGAUGACCUCACAGACAGGCUAACCAUUUAUGAUCUCAUUCACGACGAAGAGAAACGUUUUGUCGAAGAGUUCUUAAGCCGAGAACAGCUCGUCUCCAAAGACAACUCACGGGACACACCGUUGGCCACCAUUUUAGUGCACUUCAGAGACCACGACAUCGACAACCGGUCGGCCGCCUAUCGAUUGGUGCGUCUCAUUGGCUCAUUCAGUCGCUUAACCAUCGAUGAGGUGUCGGCGCCUUGUUUUGUAGGCAUCGGUCGCCUCCAGACGCCUAAAUUCUUACGGGAACUACACUUCCAGGCGUCCGACGGACGGAAUAAUGAGUUUAUUUCUCGUAAUUCACUCGAAUGGAAGUUCCUAUACCUGGACCACAGGGCCUGUCCUAUCAUAGGAUAUCUGCCAUUCGAGAUCCUGGGCACCAGUGGCUACGACUACUACCACUGGGACGACUUGGACGACAUCGUGUCGGGUCACGAGCGGCUCAUGAGGUCGGGCGAGUCGACCAGUUGUUUGUAUCGGUUUCUCACGAAAAGCCAUCAAUGGAUUUGGUUGCGGACCGACCACUACAUCGCUUACCACCACUGGACGGCCAAACCGGAGUACGUUGUCUGUAGGCAUGCGGUGGUCGACGAGUCGGUGGUCGCCGAUCACAAGUCCCGCGUAAUUAUGGAUCGCGUGAAUCGCAAAUCGCAGCCAAAUAUAGCGGUCAGCAGUUGUGGCGAUAAUAAUGACGGCUCGGCGACAGUACCGCAGCCCUCGUCAACAGCCGGACCCAUGUGUUGGUCCGCUGAUAGCUAUACUGAUGGGCAGACUACUGGUGAGUAUGUGGGUGUGAAUGGCAGUCAACUGUCCGCCGAUGGCUCGCAGAGUGCUAUGAGUACUGACAGUAAGAGCGAAGAGACUCCUAAUAAGACUGAUAGGAGUUUAACGACGAAAAAGGGGUCGCCUUUGAAGGAGUUUUUGCGACAAAAGCAUAGAUUACUUGAGAACCAAAUCCGUCGACAACAGGAAGAGUUGAGACGAGUGACCGAACAGUUGGAUUUGGUGGGGGAGGGCAGGGGUCAGGACACCGGUAGUCAUUAA